CGAGUAAAAGAUUUUCUUAUCGCGAAGCAACGUAAAGAAAACGAUUUUGAUCAAUUUUUUUAAUUCAAAAGUAAGUCAGCACACGUUAUUAUCGUUUUGUAACAAUUCGGUAGUUAAAAGAUGACGAACAAUAAAAAGAAAGAUGAUAUAAUGAAAUUAGACCUCUACAAACUCCUGGAGAUUGCAGAAGAUGUUACCCCGAAACAGAUUAAAAAAGCUUACAGAGCAAAAGCAUUGAAAUGUCAUCCAGAUAAAAAUCCAGACAACCCAAAAGCAGCGGAAACAUUUCAUCAAUUGUCACAAGCUUUGGAAAUUCUGUCAGAUGUUGGAGCAAGGGCUGCUUACGAUCAUGUUUUACGGGCAAGGAGAGCGGCAAAAGAGAGAACCCAACAACUUGAUGCUAAACGAAGGAAAGUAAAAGAAGAUUUAGAAGCAAGAGAACAAGCUGCGGAUCAGAUAGAGAAGAAACAAGCAAAAACCAAUCUGAAGCAUGAGAUUGAAAGAUUAAGAGAUGAAGGAUCAAGAAUAUUGGAAGAGGAACAACGUUAUAUGAGAGAACAAAUGAAAAAAGAGGAGAGCACUCUUAUACAUAAUGACCAACCAAAGGAACCUGCCCGCCUCAAGUUAAAAUGGAGGUCGCUCAAAGAAGAUGAAAACAAUGGUGGUUAUAACGAAGAUAUGUUAAAGAAAAUGUUUUCCAAAUAUUGCAAUGUAAACGGAUUGAUUUUAUCAAAGAAGAAAGGAAGUGCCAUCAUCGAACUGGCUGAUGCAAAAGCUGCGGAACUCGCAAAAUCAGUCGAACUCGGAUUGCCAAGUAACCAACUUCGAAUAUCUUGGUUAAGCGGGAAACCAAAUACAGCGCCACCUAGCGAACUUCCGAAGCAUUUCUCUGACCCACCAGGUGGCAUGGGAGGGGCAACUGCCAGUUAUAAGGAUUAAAAACAACAACAGUUGUGAGAGGACCAUAAAGCCAAAAGCGUCGUUUGUGUUAUCCGUAUCAAAUAUGCGAAAUGUGAUUCACUGCAACGAGUGGUAAAUUACAUUUUAAUUGCUUUGUCGACAUUUUUACGCAGACAUCUGUAAUUAUCCAGUUUCUGCGAAAAUUUACACAUUUGUCAGAUACAUAACAUAAAUCAUACAAAUAUGAAUUGAAUGCUAAUACAGCAGCUUAACUUUUUUUUUAGAUAAACACUAAGCUAUCUUUAACCAAUGCUUUCGUAGUUAUUUUUGCAGCCUGAUAACUUGUCCGAUUUUCUCACUUAGCAAGUGCACAUGGAUUCUUUAUACAAUUUCCAUCUCUUGACAGUUGAAUGUUUCCCGCACAUUGCGGAAACACGUGCCAUAACAACCGAAUAAGAGUGCUUCCUAGGCCUGCCAUGUUUUGAACAUACCUGUCGGCUUAAAUUGUUCACUUUUCUGUCAGCUUGUUUUGGAAUUUAAUUGCGGUAACACGACAAAGCAGUAGCACCUGUGUGCUUGAACUUAGAUUCAAAACCAGUCAGUUUAGUUGCGAAAUGCUCAAAUAAGGCGAUCUAAGUGAUGUUAUUGCAGUCGCAAUCAGUUUGAUUCUAAUCUUGUUUGCCGCUAGCCGCUGUUGCGAUUUUAAGUGCGUGUUAUUUUUAACUGAACUUGUCCAAUUUCAAUGUAUGUUCAGAACAUUGAGUCAUUUAAUUGCACGGUUUUACGCGAGUAUUCGUCGGUGGGACUUUUUCUGAAGUGUUUAUUGCGGUUUCGACUGUGCAAAGGUCCAACACGAAGCGCAAUCUAUGUUUUUUGAACUCCUUCAAAUUGAAUCUGAUUUUUUGGGGAACUUUUACGAAUGUAAUAAUCGACCAUAUUUUUGCUGUAAACCGUGUUAAAUUGACAAUUAAA